GCCAUAAAGCCAACCCCUACCGCUUCCAGGUAAAUUUCUACACAAAUAUCUCCUCUCUGCACGCAAGCGCAAUCAAUCCUCGAAUCUCUCUCUCUCUGCAAAUUUGUGGACUGCCGAAAUGGCUGCACCUAGUCGAGAAGCAGUCGACACCUUCAUGAGCAUCACCGGCGUGUCCGAGGACGUCGCCGUUCAGAAACUCGAGGAACAUCUUGGAGAUCUCAAUGCAGCUGUUAAUGCACAUUUUAAUGAAGGGGACAGAAGAAUCUUACCUGAAGCAUCAACUGCUGCUCCUGAGAAUGAUGCCAUGGAAAUAGAUGAACCUAUUCAAGUUGGGUCACGGGGACCUCCAUUCUCGCUUUUACCUUCUGCUAGAAAUUUGAGUCCUUUCUCUAUUCUUGAUCCCGAAUUCGGUAGAAGUUUAUUUGACAGUGGCCCUGGUUCCCGUUCUCCAUUUGUUUCCCAUCCAAGAGAAGUUAGAGAGAUUCCAAUUGAGGUAAAGGAUGGGAGUGAAAGAUCAGGUCAUUCAGGCCUUGCACCUACCAUAGAGGAUGUUACCGGAACUGAACAUGCAGUUGGCCCAGAAACUCAUGGGACUGUUGUAAUUGACGAGAAUGAUGAAGAUUCUCCAGCUGCUCCAUCUGGACACAUUGGUCUUUCAAAUGAGCAGAAAGAUGAUGUGCUGGGUGGUAAUUCUCAUGAUCAUAGGGCAAGUGCCCCACAAAUUGAUAACUCGCCUGACUACAGCAAUGACAUAGAAGAAGAAAUGGUUCGUGCUGCUAUUGAAGCAUCAAAAAGGGAAGCUAUAAAAGAUUAUCCAAAUCAGCAAUUUGAUGUUCAUGAUGACGUAAGCAACCCUGGUACUCAACAAAGGCAAACUCACUUAGAGGAUGAUGAACUUGCACAUGCAGUUUCUUUAUCAUUGAAGACAGCGGAGCAAGAGAAAGCUUUGCGCGAGCAGGGAGAAAACAUUGGAGCAUUAGAAUGGGAAGCGUCUAAGUCUGUGGAGCUGCAAAAUAUGGGGAAAAUGAUAUCAUCAAAUGGAAGCUGUUAUCUUGACAGGCACACUUCAAGGAGAUCUAGGUUGGACAUAGGAAGCUCAUCUGUCCAAGGGGAAGCUGAGGACGUGGAAGAGCAGCCGCUGCUCAGGCAUAGAAGUGGGCGCAUGUCUUCUGCUUCCAUUAACCCUGACCAAGAAAUUGGGGAAAUUGAUGUUACGCCCCCAUUGAGUGCUGGACAGCGUAGUAGUAUUGAUCAUCCACCGCACAAUGGGAAUGAUUUUCAGUCUGAUGAGUGGGGUGGCAUCUCAUCUGAGGAACAUGAUGAAGCAAUUAUGCUGGAGGCUGCACUCUUUGGCGGAAUUCCUGAAGGGAGCAGAUAUCAUUUUCCUCAUGGCCCUCAUCAACUCAUGCAUAAUGAUUUAGAUAGAACUUCAGACCUUUAUCCUCAGCGAGUACCUCGUCCCCCAUCACCUGGUCUUGCAGCUCAGCGUUUGAUUAGGGAACAACAGGAUGAUGAAUAUCUUGCAUCACUGCAAGCUGAUAGAGAAAAAGAACUGAAGGCGAUUCAAGAAGCUGAAGCUGCUCUUGAAGAAGAAAGGCAAAAGGAAGAAGAGGCACGUAGAAAAUUGCAGGAGGAGCAGGAGAUUGAGAGACAACUGGCUGCAAAGGAAAGUUCUCUUCCUCAUGAACCAACUAUAGAUGAUGAGAAUGCUGUAAAUCUUCUAGUGAGGAUGCCAGAUGGCAGUCGACAUGGUCGUCGGUUUCUGAGGUCUGAUAAGUUACAGUUCCUUUUCGACUUCAUUGAUGUUGGCAGGGCAGUCAAGCCUGGCACCUACAGAUUGGUGAGGCCAUACCCUCGGCGUGCUUUUAGCGACGGAGAGGGCUCAUCGACUCUGAAUGAAGUGGGCUUGACCAGCAAGCAAGAAGCUCUAUUUCUGGAGCUGAUUUAGCUUUCAUAUUAUGGUCGUCCUGUAAAGCUCUAAAAGAUUUCACCAGAAAAUUGCUAGUCCUCUUUGAAGCCUUACAAAUACAUACACAAUUAGAGAGGGAUCGUUGGAUGCUUUAUUUGUGGUAUUUGGUUGGAAUAGGAACAGAAACAGAAACAGGAACAGGGGGCCAAACAGAAAUGUGCUUCUUCUGUGGCCAAAAAGAGCAGAAACUGGAUGUGUUUGAAUUUAGGUGUUUUGACUGACGGCUUGUGGGGAAUGUAUAUGACUUCUUUAUGGCUUAGGUCAGAAUUACAACUUUGCUUGUCUUCCGUAA